AUGAUGCACUCUAUUUCUUCCAAUAGCUCACAGCAACAACUACUGCAACAACAACAACAACAACAUAAUAAUGCAGCAGCAGCUGUGGCAGUUGAUGAGAACACUGUACCAAUAGAGGUGGUAAUCGUUGAUCAAGAGUUGACAAAGGAGUUACAAUGUGGUAUAUGUCUACAGAUUAUAAACAAGCCUAGACAGUGCAAGAAUGGUCAUCUAUUCUGUAUGGAAUGUAUUCUAAUGUCCCUGAAGAAGUCUCAAGAGUGUCCCGAGUGUCGCUGCUCACUAAACAUGGAGAAACUCUCGCGAUCACUCUUUGUUGAGCGUCAUCUUAGAACACUUAGUGUAUAUUGUAAAUUCCACUUCAAGUUCCAGAAGGGAGCGGGAUGGGUCGUGGAUGAGGAUGGUUGCAAUGAGAUACUCACCUUGGAGAACUCUACAAAGCAUGAGAUCACAUGUGAGCACAGUUUCGAAUACUGUCGCUACAAUAAAGAGUGUGGACUUAUUCGAAGGAGACUUAUGGACGCACAUCUGGAAGUGUGUCUACAUCGACCGGUAAAGUGCAUGCACUGUGGCGGUGAUUCAACAUAUACAGGUAUCGACAACCAUUUGGUAGAAUGUGACAUGGUGGAGAUUGAAUGCGACAAGUGUAGCACCAAGCUCGUCAAGAAGGAGUUUGAGAAGCACAAACUAAACAUAUGUCCGAACUAUCAUAUUCAAUGUCCAUUCUUUGAAUCAGGAUGUACAAAGACUUUUGAUAGGAAAUACCUACAGACACAUAUAGAUGAAUCACUGGCUGAGCACUUGCUAAUGAUGAAGACACAUUACACCGAUACCAUCUCCACCAUGAAGAAGGAGUUUUCCACAUUGAUCCAAUCCAAGGAUGACAAGAUAAAGCAAUUGGAACGCACUGUUAAUGAGAAGAUUGACACAAACACAAAGGUGGAAUGGUGUGUAAAGAACUAUAGUCUAUUGAAGAAGAAGGGAUAUAUUCAAUCGGAGAAGUUCUCAAUUGGUGGAUUUCAAUGGUUCAUUGGAUUCUACACUGAUGGCGACAGUAUCGAUAGCAAGGGAUACAUCAGUAUCUACCUGUUCCUGGACACCAAUCAGGUGCCCAAGGGCAAGAGUCUCACACUGGAGUACUAUCUAAAGUUCUUCAAUCAACGCGAUCCAAGCCAGUCGGUCAAGAAGGACUUUAGGACGACGUUCCCGAUCAAGGGUGGCCAAGGCUGGGGCGAUCGCAAGGCAAUACGCACAUCGAUACUUGAGAACAACGGAUUCAUCAAGGACGAUCAACUGUUAGUCAAGACUGAGGUUAUCAUUAAGAAGACAAGCUGGUCGAUUGAAGAGUCUGACUCGUAG